GGUGCUGAAGCAGCGGCGGCGGCAGGGACCCGGGGCGGGGAGCAGAGGCGCCCUCCUGGGAGCUCCACGGCGGCCGCAAGGUGCUGGUGCCACCAACGCUCACCGGCCCAUGCCAGCCCCCCAAACCCCGCGGAGGAGGCGGGACCGUCCUCGGCGGGACAGGGCAGGUGUCUUCUCCACCAGACCGUAAGCUCCUGGAAGACAAAGUGUGCACCCUCCUCCUUCUCCCUGCUUCCUGCCUUUCUUGCCGUCGCAUCCCCAGCAUCCGUGCAGUGCCUGGCAUAGAGCUGACGCUCAAUAAAUGUGUCGACUGGAUAAAUGAAUGAGCCAACUCUAUGAGCAGGCUCUCUGGGGACUGCCCCCCUCCCUGGAGCUGCCCCCAGAGCCAUGGAGAGUCUGAGUGAACUGCAGAACCCGCUGCUGCCUCGGAGCCCAGCCCACCUCCACAGCCCCUACGCCUACCCCGAGGCUUCGCCCAGCUGGUCGUGUCAGGAGAAGCUCUACUCCUACCUCCUGGGUGGUGCUGGCCCUGCUCACGCCCACCAGCUCCUGGACCCAGGCUCCUUGCAACUGGCCGUGGAGGCCUGGUACAGGCCCAGCUGCCUCCUGGGGAGGGAUAAGGUCAAGGAACCCAGGGCAGGCAGCUGCGAGACCAGCUUCACAGAAAGCAGGGAGCCCCAGGCUGGGCCUGUGGAGCAGUCCACAGAACCUGCUCAAGUGGAAGAGGAGGUCACCAUCCAGACGGUGUCCUAUGGAGUUCAAGAGGAGCUGCAGGACCAGGAGGAUGACCAGGAGGAGGAGGAGAGUGAUGCAACCUCGACAGAGAGUGAAAGUGAAGACAACUUCUUCACACUGCCUCCCAGGGACCACCUGGGUCUCACUAUCUUCUCCAUGCUCUGCUGCUUCUGGCCACUGGGUAUCGCCGCCUUCUACUUCUCCCAGGGGGUAAGAGCUCAUGGGGCCCAGUGCUUCCACUUGGGCCAUCUCCCUCCACUGGAGGGCUUGGCAGAGCAUAUGCAGGAUGGGAUCAGGAGCCAGGUGGGCUGGGGCUGUUUUGCUGAGCAUGGGGACGCUCCCUUUCAUCAGUAUAUUUCUCUCCCUAGACCAGCAAGGCCAUCUCCAAGGGGGACUUCCGCCUGGCCAGCACCACCUCCCGCCGGGCCCUCUUCCUGGCCACACUCUCCAUCGCCGUGGGGGCUGGUCUCUAUGUGGCCGUGGUGGUGGCUCUGGCAGCUUACAUGUCCCAGAAUGGCCAUGGCUAGUGGCCAGUUGGCCUGGCAUCCUGACUCCCCUGCUCUGCCUGAGGAGGGAGUGGGACUUGGAGUUGCAGACUCUCUGGAGAGCCCUGGCCCCUGAAGACAACCUGUGAGGGUGGUUUGUGGUAGGAGGGCACCUCUCAGGCUGCAGCCUGCUGGGCUCAACCCUCACUUCUUCUUGCCCGUUGCAACUAGCCCCAGAGUAGGUUCAGGGGACACCAUUCUCCAGCCCAGGCUGUGCUGGGAAGCAGGAGAAGGUAGGGCUGCCAACCAGGCCAUCCAGGCACAGGCUACCUCUGGCUUGAGGCUAGCUGAGAGCUCAGCCCACCCCCUUGAGGAUCUCCUGCCUGCAGGCAGCCUACUGCCCAACUCUGCCAACCUCUCCACAGAGAACAGCAGGAGAUUACAGGGCAGGAAGGAAUGCCUGGAGGGCAGGGGACCUGCCCCAGUUCUGUCAGCCCAUAGGAGUCUCCACCAUGGGGUCAGUUGAGCUUCCCCAACUCUACUCUCUGGCCCCAUGAUGCCUGGACCCCAGCCAGCCAGGAGACACAGGGACCCCUUGGUGAUUCUGGUUCUGGAGGAUGCUUAUUUCUCCUGUGGGCUUAUAAUAUGCUGUAGAUUCUAGACAGAGAAGAGAAUCUCAGGCAUGUAAACUCUGCAGCACGGAUAGGUUCUUGCAGCUUCUCUAUGCAGGAACAAGAAGCAGAUGUGAUGACAAAGAGACUGCAGGGCCCUGAAAUCUUGCCAGACCACAUGGGCUUCCCCACUCUGCCCCCAUUCCCGGCCCCCAUCAUCCUUUUCUGAGCUCCUUCUGGAGGGCCCUGAGCUGGUGCGAUCCCAGGUAGAUGCCAGAGAGAGAGCCAUCAGCCCACCAGCUGCUGAGUGCAGGGCCCUAGAUCCAGCCCUCUGGGAAAGCAGUGAGGAGGGGCCUGGGGAGUAGUGGGUGUAGAUGUGGGGAGGGACCCAGGGCUGGCAUGGCCUGCAGUGCUAAGGAAGGCUUCCUGGAGGACUAGAAGGAUGAGGAGAAUUUAUCUAAGGAAUUUGUUUUCCUGCACCCUUGGUAUUCGUGGGCAGGGGCGUGACAGGAGCCUCCCAUGGCGGGAGUCAUAUCUGUUUGGAUUAUGCCUAGAGCAUCCAGGCUGGGCCAAACUGUAGCCAUUUCUGAGGGCUCCACCAACUCCAAGAAGAAGGUCAAGCUUGUCUGUCAAAGGCCAUUGAUGUUUUCCCACCUCUGAAUGCUGAGGGGGCAGCAAUGCGCCCCUGGUCAGCCUUGGGGCUUCUUCACUGAUGCCGCCACUCAGAGCUGCUCUCAACACCCCCAGCCACUAUAGAACAUCCAGAAUUUUAGAGACAUCUGAGCAGGCAGGAGGGCAGCACAUGGAAGAGCAUGCCUAUUGGGCUCAAGCUAUAGGACCUCUUUGUGCACCACUUGGGGACCUGGUCAUCUCCAGGCCCCAUCUACAGCCUGGGGCUGUGUAUCCACAAAUGAUUCACUUUGUCCUACUGUCCUCUCCCACCCCAUGCAUUGCCCAGUCCUCCACUCCCUGCAUCCCCUGAAGUCCCACAGGUGCAGAUCAGCAGUUUUAAUGUCCGAUUAUUGUAAAUAUUUAUCCUUGUAAUAAACAUUUCUGUAACA